AUGCAAGUCAACAACAACCCUCCAAUCACAACACCACCACCACAACAACAACAAAACAACAAUACUUGUCCACCCAUCAGUAUGAACACUCCUUCCUCAAACCCUCCAUCUUCUUCUCUAUCCUCAUUCAACAACAACAAGUAUUCAAAUUUACCUCCGGAUCACAUUCUCAACAAACAACAUUCAAAAAUUAGUAUUAAACAAGUGCAGAAACCAACUCAACCUUGUUCCAUCAAUAAUAACAACAACAUUCCUUCCUCUUCUCCAAUGAAUGUGAAUAUUGCUCCUCAAGUAAACUCUUUUAUGAAGGAUUCAUCAGAAACUCCUUAUCACCAACCACCACCACUACCACAACAACAACAACCAUUAUCGAUGAGUACAACUUCCACAAGUCCAACGACUCUAAUCUUGCCAACUUUGAACAACAAUAAUUCUAUUACUUUGACUACUACUAAUACCAAUACUACUACUAACAGUAUGGUCGGAGUAACAUCAUCAAAGACAACCACUCCACAUCAUCAUCAUCAAGUGGACAUCCACGACGAGUCUCACUCAACAACAAAUUAUACUACUACAAAUCACAACAAUAACCAUCCUCCUCCUUCUAUGAAUACUAGUCUCACUUCCAACCUCACAAAUCAAGUACCAACAACACCUUCAAUAACGAAUCAUACGACGACUUCCAAUAAUAAUAGUCAACAAUGCAUUUCUCAAAUUCCAUCUUCUGCCUCAACCAACAUUCCAAAGAAUACGAUGAAAUUUCUUGUGGAUACUCAUUCCAUGAAAUUAUUAUCGGAAUGUAAUAACACAACAACAAGCAAUUCCUAUUUUCACAUUCGAAUUGGUAAUUCCAAACAAUUAGAAAUGGAAAUUACAAGACAUGCCAAUCGAAUCAAAUAUUUUUCAAAUUCAUGUGUUUAUGACAUUGAGUCACAAACAAAGAAUUGGAGUCAUUGUUUUAGAAUUGAAAGUGAAUAUAUUGAUGAUAAGCCAUUACUCUACAUUCCUAUUACUGGUUCUAUUCAAUUAAAUAUUGAAAUACCAAAUAUGGAUAUUCAUUUGCAUGACGAUCAUUCAGUGAAAUAUGAUUUGAGAUGGUGCAUUGAUUGUGCAAGUCAUAGUGCUGGAUGUAUUUUGCUACCCAUCAGAUAUGGAUAUAAUUGUGUGUUGUUAUUGAAAAUGAUGAGAUUGGAAUAUGUUGAAUUUAUUGCUGUGAAAUCGGUGGAUUUGUAUUAUUACAAGAGCUUGGUUGGAACGAAUCAUUCGAAUACUAUCAACACUAUCAACAAUACUACAAUGAAUCAAGUCAUGAGCAGUGCGAAUACUGUCAUGAACAGUGUCAUGCAUAGUCUUGUGAAUUUACAUCAAAUGCAAUCCUCUGCCAACAAACAACAAAAUUCCAUCAUGCAACCACCACCAACAACAACAACAAGUCUGCAGACUGUCGAAGAGCAGCACACUUCAGACAAGAUGGAUACUUCCAAUGACUUGGAUUGUUCAAAAUUGCAAAGUGAUGAAUCUCUAAGCCAGUAG